GGGUGAGGCCCGGCGUCGGCGCCCGGGGCUGCUCGGGCUCUGAGGUGGGGUGUGUGUGCGUGUGUGUGUGUGUAUGUGCGCGUGCGUGUGGGUGGCAGGUUCCCGCGGCGAUGGCGGUGGAGACUCUGUCCCCGGACUGGGAGUUCGACCGCGUCGACGACGGCUCGCAGAAAAUUCAUGCUGAAGUUCAGCUCAAGAACUACGGAAAAUUUCUUGAGGAGUAUACAUCACAAUUGAGAAGAAUUGAGGAUGCUCUGGAUGAUUCAAUUGGAGAUGUUUGGGAUUUCAAUCUUGAUCCUAUAGCACUAAAGCUUUUGCCAUAUGAACAGUCUUCUCUUUUGGAACUCAUAAAGACUGAAAACAAGGUUUUAAAUAAAGUCAUCACUGUUUAUGCUGCACUUUGUUGUGAAAUCAAGAAAUUGAAAUAUGAGGCUGAAACUAAGUUCUACAAUGGCCUGUUGUUUUAUGGAGAAGGAGCCACAGAUUCCAGCAUGGUGGAAGGUGAUUGCCAGAUUCAAGUGGGGAGAUAUAUCUCAUUCCUGCAGGAACUUUCUUGUUUUGUUACAAGGUGCUAUGAAGUGGUCAUGAAUGUAGUUCAUCAGCUGGCUGCCCUCUACAUCAAUAACAAGAUUGCACCUAAAAUUAUAGAGACAACUGGAGUUCAUUUUCAGACUAUGUAUGAACACUUGGGAGAACUGCUAACAGUUUUGCUUACCCUGGAUGAAAUUAUUGAUAAUCAUGUCACAUUGAAAGACCACUGGACUAUGUACAAAAGGUUAUUGAAAUCUGUUCAUCACAAUCCUUCAAAAUUUGGAAUUCAGGAAGAAAAAUUGAAGCCAUUUGAAAAGUUCUUGCUAAAGCUAGAAGGGCAGUUACUUGAUGGAAUGAUAUUCCAGGCCUGUAUAGAACAGCAGUUUGAUUCUCUCAAUGGAGGAGUUUUGGUAUCAAAAAAUAGCACUUUUGCAGAGGAGUUUGCACAUAGCAUUCGCUCAAUUUUUGCAAAUGUGGAAGCCAAACUUGGUGAGCCUUCUGAGAUUGACCAGAGAGACAAGUAUGUUGGGAUCUGUGGGCUUUUUGUCUUGCACUUCCAAAUUUUCAGAACUAUUGACAAAAAGUUUUAUAAGUCUUUACUGGACAUUUGUAAGAAGGUACCAGCCAUUACUCUAACUGCUAAUAUUAUUUGGUUCCCUGAUAGUUUUCUGAUUCAGAAAAUACCAGCAGCUGCCAAACUUGUAGACAGAAAAAGUCUUCAAGCUAUUAAAAUACACAGGGAUACUUUCCUACAGCAGAGAGCUCAGUCACUUACUAAAGAUGUGCAGUCUUACUACGUCUUUGUGAGCUCAUGGAUGAUGAAAAUGGAGUCUAUUUUAUCUAAAGAGCAGAGAAUGGAUAAAUUUGCUGAAGACCUCACCAAUAGAUGUAAUAUUUUUAUACAGGGUUUCUUAUAUGCAUAUAGUAUUAGUACCAUUAUUAAAACCACAAUGAAUCUCUAUAUGUCCAUGCAAAAGCCAAUGACCAAAACAUCAGUUAAGGCAUUAUGCAGGCUCAUUGAACUUCUUAAGGCAAUAGAGCACAUGUUCUACAGGAGAAGCACAGUUGUGGCUGAUUCAGUUUCACAUAUAACACAGCACCUUCAGCAUCAGGCUCUCAACUCUAUCUCUGUAGCCAAGAAAAGAGUAAUUUCAGACAAAAAAUACAGUGAACAGCGUCUUGAUGUGCUCUCUGCUUUAGUUUUGGCGGAAAACACUCUAAAUGGGCCAAGCACAAGGCAGCGGCGACUGAUUGUUUCUUUGGCACUCAGUGUUGGCACACAGAUGAAAACAUUUAAAGAUGAAGAGCUCUUUCCCCUUCAAGUGGUCAUGAAAAAGCUGGAUCUUAUCAGUGAACUUAGAGAACGAGUCCAAACUCAAUGUGACUGUUGUUUUUUAUAUUGGCAUCGAGCUGUCUUCCCAAUUUAUUUAGAUGAUGUAUAUGAAAAUGCUGUUGAUGCAGCUAGAUUACAUUACAUGUUCAGUGCUUUACGAGACUGUGUGCCUGCAAUGAUGCAUGCGAGGCAUUUGGAAUCCUAUGAGGUACUUCUGGAUUGCUAUGACAAAGAAAUCAUGGAAAUUUUAAAUGAGCAUUUGCUGGAUAAGUUGUGCAAAGAAAUAGAGAAGGAUCUGAGACUUUCUGUGCAUACUCACCUGAAGUUGGAUGACCGGAACCCUUUCAGAGUUGGCAUGAAAGACCUGGCCCUUUUCUUCUCUCUCAAUCCAAUUCGGUUUUUCAAUCGUUUCAUUGACAUUCGAGCUUAUGUAACUCACUAUCUAGACAAGACUUUCUACAACCUCACAACAGUAGCUCUGCAUGACUGGGCCACCUACAGUGAAAUGAGAAAUUUGGCUACUCAGCGUUAUGGAUUAGUUAUGACAGAGGCACAUCUUCCUAGCCAGACAUUGGAGCAGGGACUUGAUGUUUUGGAAAUCAUGAGAAAUAUUCAUAUAUUUGUGUCUCGAUUCCUCUAUAAUCUCAACAAUCAGAUUUUUGUUGAACGGACAAGCAAUAAUAAACAUUUGAAUACCAUUAAUAUUCGGCAUAUUGCUAAUUCAAUUCGAACACAUGGCACAGGAAUCAUGAAUACAACAGUUAAUUUCACCUACCAGUUUUUGAAAAAGAAGUUCUAUAUAUUUAGUCAAUUCAUGUAUGAUGAGCAUAUCAAAUCCAGAUUGAUUAAAGAUAUUCGUUUUUUCAGGGAAAUCAAGGAACAAAAUGAUCACAAGUAUCCUUUUGAUAGAGCAGAAAAAUUUAAUCGUGGUAUAAGAAAACUUGGAAUCACACCAGAGGGACAAAGCUACCUUGAUCAAUUCAGGCAACUCAUCAGUCAAAUUGGUAAUGCUAUGGGCUAUAUAAGAAUGAUAAGAUCUGGUGGUCUUCAUUGUAGCAGCAAUGCCAUUAGAUUUGUGCCUGAUCUUGAAGAUAUUGUCAACUUUGAAGAACUAGUAAAAGAAGAAGGUCUUUCAGAAGAAACAUUAAAAGCAGCAAGGCAUUUGGACUCAGUCCUCAGUGAUCAUACUCGGAAUUCUGCUGAAGGUACUGAGUAUUUCAAAAUGCUUGUGGAUGUUUUUGCUCCUGAAUUUCGAAGACCAAAGAAUAUACAUCUACGAAAUUUCUAUAUCAUUGUACCUCCUUUAACUCUGAACUUUGUAGAGCAUUCUAUUAGUUGCAAGGAAAAAUUGAAUAAAAAAAAUAAAAUUGGAGCUGCCUUUACUGAUGAUGGUUUUGCCAUGGGUGUGGCCUAUAUCCUAAAGCUUUUGGAUCAAUAUCAGGAAUUUGAUUCACUUCACUGGUUCCAGUCUGUUAGAGAGAAAUACAUCAAGGAGAUAAGAGCAGUUGCCAAGCAACAAAAUAUUCAGUCAACGAGUCAAGAUGAAAAACUGCUACAAACCAUGAACCUCACUCAGAAGCGACUAGAUGUCUAUCUACAGGAAUUUGAGUUGCUGUAUUUCUCAUUGAGCAGUGCAAGGAUUUUCUUCAGAGCAGACAAAACUGCAGCUGAAGAGAGCCAAGAAAAGAAAGACAAGGAAGAGGAAAUGAAAGCAAGCGGUGGAGAUCUGCCUGAUUGCACUGUGUCUGCUGACCCUGUGGUGAAAUGACGGUGUGAGAGUCAGAGCUGUGUGAAUGCCUUUGCCAGUGAAAUGAUGUUUAAGCUAUCUGGUGAAUAUUUCCUGGGUCAUGCCUCUGGAAAACACGUAGAUGUUGCAGCUGUUUAAGACAGUGCUCUUGAGUAAGUCUUAUCUAUUUCUAAAGGCUCUACUUUUCAAGGGCUGAGAAUAAGAUUUUAAAAUUGAAUUUUCAUCUGGAACUUCAGGCUAGCAGAUGUUCCUAGGAACACUUACUUCAUGAAGUUAUAGAAGGACAAAUCCAAAUUCCCAAACUGUUGCCUCAGAAUUCUUAUAAUCUAUGUGAGUGUUUGUAAUUUAUAUUUGCAUAGGUCUUUGAUCAAUAUUUAUCUGAAGUCAAUUGGAAAAAAUCAGUACAUAGACUGUAUACAGCCAGUAAGUACAUAUCUAAAAAAGAAUUGAGCCUAAAAUUCAUGAGGCGUACAUAUCAUGAUGCUUAUUAAAAAGCUGUAUGAAAUGGCUUUGAUACUAGAGGUGAGGCACAGUAUGUGUGUACCCUUUGUGCACAGUGUAUAACUGGUGAUCCUUCAUGCAUUGUUAAUUUCAUGUGAUUCACAAGAGCUGCUGAUGUCUUUGAUGAGACAGAUUAUAACCAGUUUACAUUGCUUUGGGAACAUUUACCCUCCAUUAACUGCUUUACAUUUAAGAUUUACUUAACACUCAAAGAAAGCUCAGAUAAAGCCAUAAAGUCCUGCUUGAAGCAUCACUUCGAUUUGAAGUGAUGUAUAUCAUAAAAAAAGAAUUAUUUCUACAUCCAAACUCAGGUUUCUUCUACAUUACAUUAAGUUGAAAUCUUGGUGAUGGUUUAGGCAGACUUUUCUUUUAUCAAGUAUAAGAUUAAAUAACUGCAUUAUGGCAGGCUUUCAAAAAUUUACCACUGUGAGUAUUUAAUAGAACUAAUAAACCACUUACUGAUUUUAAAAGUAUGAAAGAUUUUGAGUAAUUUUUGUUCCCAAUAAGCAACUAGCUUUAUUUUUGUAAAAGUAUGUUUGUUAGUGGUUAGAUGGAUUAAUGAUGGCCUUUGUAAAAUACAAUAAAAUGAUGCCUUUAUGAUGAAAAAGAAAGUUUAAAACCUUAGAUGUAAUUCAAAUAUCAUUUUUGGGAAAUGCUUGAUUUUUUAAAUUGUAUUUGCCUGCUAAACCUUGCUUUGGAUAAAUCCUGCAAGUCAUCCUAACACUGUUAGAAUUUUGACAUUGUUCUUUGAUCCCAGCUUUUGGAAUAGGUAUGCAGUGCCCUGCCUGUAAUCAUUGGUCAGGAUCAGGGAACUUUCCCAGCCCAAGAGAAAUCCUUUCACUGCUCAGUCAGAAGAAAAGAGUAUGUUUUUUAUUAUGUAGACAUGGUUUACGGAAUUAUGGACAAUGAAUGGAUUAAAGGCAUUGGUAUUUGUGAUUCAUACUAACUGUAGAAAUGGCCCUAAAGCAUGCUGCAUAAUUAAUAAUUUAUAUUUUCAUUAUUAUAAAUGUUUAUAUUAAAUGAUACUGGAUUUGAUUAUAUCAGAUUAAUCACCAUUUUAUAGCACCAGUAUGUUCUGUUCUUUUUUUUUUUUUUUAACAGUCUUUGUUCAUUGUCCCCACAUGUUAAUGUUGAGUUAUCAUCAAUGUUGGAGUUCACUUGUGAACUCCUUGAGUACCUAUAAUUGAGAAGAAAGUGACUAUUAUUUUACCUUUAGUUAAAAAUAAUGUCACUGCAGUCUGGACAAAUGAUAAGUUCAUAUUUUUGAAAUGGAAUCUCUGAAAAGAUGAGUGUUUAAAUGGUAUUAAAGUACAGAAUAACAAA